CUAUAGAGGUACCGCCCCCUCGACCUCUGAUUGGCUGGUUUAGCUGCAGAGCUUCCUGUUUUGUAACCUAUUCAACGUGCAUGUUAUCAAACACAAACCCAGCAAAAGGCAGCGAAAGAGAAGGGCCGAGAAAGAGCUGGCACAAUUAAGUUGCAGACAUGACACAUAGAUGCAUCCACUGGUUCCGUAAGGGACUGCGGUUACAUGACAACCCAGCGCUGGUGGCCGCUUUAAAGGAAUGCAAGGAACUCUACCCCGUCUUCAUCCUCGAUCCCCAUCUCCUCGACAAGACACGAGUGGGGCUCAACCGCUGGAGGUUCCUGGUGGGAGCGCUCACGGACUUGGACCAAAGCCUGCAAAAACUAAACUCCAGACUGUUUGUCGUGAGAGGCAAGCCAGAAGAUGUUUUCCCUCAAUUGUUCACCAAGUGGAAGAUAACCAAGCUGACGUAUGAGUUUGACACAGAGCCUUACAGUGUGUCCCGUGACAAGAAAGUGAGCGCUCUGGCUAAAGAACACAACGUGGAAGUCGUCUAUAAAGUGUCUCACACCCUUUAUGACAUAGACAGGAUAAUUGAGGAGAACAAUGGGAAAGCUCCCCUCACAUACAACCGCAUGCAGACUGUUGUGAAGACCCUCGGGCCCCCAAAGAGGCCAAUCCCUGCUCCCAGCAUGGAGGAUGUGAAAGGCCUGGAGACCCUUCAAUCAGAAGACGGCGUGAAUCACUACAGUAUACCCACGCUGGACGAGCUGGGCCAUGACACUUCAGAGCUUGGAGAAGAGCCGUUCCCUGGAGGAGAACAAGAAGCCUUGAGGCGAUUGGAGGAAAAGAUGAAAAACACAGGUUGGGUGUGUGGCUUUGAGAAACCUCAGACCUCGCCCAACUCCCUGAGCCCGAGCACCACAGUCCUCAGCCCCUAUGUCACCUUCGGGUGCCUGUCUGCACGCACCUUCUGGUGGAGGCUGACCGAGGUCUAUAAGGGGAAAAAGCAUUCAGCCCCGCCAGUGUCCCUGCACGGUCAGCUACUUUGGAGAGAGUUCUUCUACACAGCCAGCGUGGGUAUCCCCAAUUUUAACAAGAUGGAGGGCAACCCUGUGUGUACUCAGGUGGACUGGGAUGCAAAUGACGACUCCCUUGCUGCUUGGAGAGAGGCUCGUACUGGUUUCCCUUUCAUCGACGCCAUAAUGACUCAGCUGAGACGAGAAGGAUGGAUCCAUCACCUGGCGAGACAUGCUGUGGCCUGCUUCCUCACCAGAGGAGACCUGUGGAUCAGCUGGGAGGAAGGACAGAAGGUGUUUGAGGAGCUCCUGUUAGACGGCGACUGGGCUCUUAAUGCUGGGAACUGGCAGUGGCUGUCAGCGAGCACCUUCUUCCACCAGUUCUUCAGGGUCUACUCUCCUGUGGCAUUUGGCAAGAAGACUGACAAAAAUGGGGACUACAUCAAGAAGUACCUUCCCAUUCUGAAGAAGUUUCCCGCUCAGUAUGUCUACGAGCCUUGGAAAGCGCCACACAGUGUGCAGCAAGCGGCGGGGUGCAUCGUGGGUAAAGACUAUCCACGUCCUAUUGUGGAGCAUGAAGUGAACAGCAAGAAGAACAUCCAGAGGAUGAAGCUCGCUUAUGCCAAGAGGUCUGGCAAGUCCGAUGAAUCACCCAACAAGAAACAAGGUGCAAAGCGUAAGGCACCCUCUGUGGUUGACAUGUUAAAGAAGAAAGGGAAGAAAUUAUGCUAAUAGAGUAUUAUGGUUAUAUUAGGUUUUACCCUACAGAAUUAAUGUUAGUUUCUUAUUAAUAUGUCCAUUCUGGCUCUGUGGGGUCUACCUUCAUUCUUCAUUGGUUACCAUUUCAUAUCUUAAGGGCUGUUUUUUUGGUUGUAUAUUUAUAUGUUUUUACUUUUUUUAAGGGAAUUUUUUUAUUGCUAUAAGGCUUUACUGUAUUUUCCCCAUACUGUAAUGUUUAAAUCUACCCCACUAGAGUGCUUACAAAGGUUUGUACUUAUGGAUUUGAUCUGUUUAUAAAUACAGUAGUACCUUAACUUACAAGCUUAAUUGGUUCUGUGACAGAGCUCUUAACUCAAAACACUUGUAUCUCAAAUCAAUGUCUCCCAAUUAAAUUAAUUGGUGCUUGGUCCCGCCAAACGACACAAUUUUGACAUGUAAAAUGCCUUUUAACAAGAAAAAUAAACUUUUACAUACAACAAUUUUGCACAAAGGCAAUACAAUAGAAUGGACUACGAACAACUGUUGUAGUUUUAUGAAGUCAUGUAAAAAAUAAUGUACAGAAUUUAUCUUGGAGAGUGGACCUCUACGGUAACUUAUUCAAGCUGCUUCUUCAUCAAACACACCAUCAGCAACUUUUUCAUAUUUUCAUGGAUGAAUCUCCGCGGUUUCGACAUUAUUUUAACAUCCUUGGCUGGCGUUAGACUCAUUCUGCUUCAGUAUGUUUCACCAAGUUGGCGACACGCUCGGUCAUAUUUUGGAUGAUUUAUUCUUUAAUUCAAUUAAUAUCAUCCGCUUCUUCUUCUCAGCACCCACUUUCUUUCUUCCCAUGGUCUCAUGUCCAUCUCUAGCUAUAAGUUAAGGCUAUCGAGGAAGACCAGUUCUUUUCGGCGGCUCUCACGGGGUGACAUUUUCUACGCCAAGUAGCGGCGGAGGUGCUUGUAACUUAAAUUUGUGCUUGUAAUUUAAAGCAUAACAGUUAGAUGAGGCACAGUUCUUAUCUCUAAACACUCUUAAAUUGAGGUACCUCAGUAAUUGAUGAUCAAAACUGCACCUAAAACCUAACAGGUACUAAUGAACAUCACUAGGGGGCACUGUUACUUUACUAACCUAACCAAAAUCUCUUGGCAGUGCUAAUUUUUUCAAUGACUACCCUUUUUCGGAAUCCUAUGAAAUAAAAUGUGCAUGUAUAUGUAAAAAAUACAUUUAUUUAGUUGAUUCUAAUGUAUAAAACAAGAAAAUCUGGAUCAUUGCACUGUGUGUGUACGUGAGUAAGUGUCAGCUGUCCUGCUAAGUCGAGUCUUCUCCUGUUGCUGCUUCCUUGGAGCUGACACUAGUAUGAAUAUCCAGAAGAUGAUGUCACAACUUUGACUGUGGGCCAGAUGGGCGCACAAAGCUAAGCUUGGUUUCCACAGAGAUCAGGUCAAACACCCAAACAGAGUGCUGUGCAACUGCAAGUGUAUUUUAAGAAGAGAACCUUUAUGGUAAACUCUCGCAAUGCUCAAAUCCCGGUUAAGUACAAUCGGACGUUUUUUUCAAUGAAGCAUUGAAUGGUCUUCCUUUGUUGUUCCAUUCAUUAGUAAUCGUCUAUAGCCCUCUUUGGUCUCCCUAUUUAUCUGUGUGGACACUUGACAAUUGAAAACAUUCGGGAGUGUGAUGCUGAAACAGCCCAGUAGGAUCAGAACAGCAUGUCCUCAAGCAGCUGGUGUUCCAUAGCAGAUAUUGGAGUUGCUGAUCAUUAUAAUCAUCCUUCACCAAGGAACUUAUCAAGUCAGUUUUGACCCUUGAAAUCAAUCAUCAUUAAAACAAAAGAAAAAAAAAAAGAUUGAACAGGGCAAAUACCUCCACCAAGUUUGGAGAAAAUGAAAGGUUCCCUUUACUUGACAUGACAUCUUGCUUUGACCUUUGACCUUUUAACUCUCCACACAGUAUGGUGCUGAUAUAAAUGAGGAUAUUGAGCAUUAUACUUUCGUGUAGUGCAAAAGUAGAAGAUUUGACCUUUGCACACAUCCCAAACAACAACGGCAGCCCUUUAAAACGUGUUCUUGUCUAUCAGCCCUCAAUAAAUCUGCCCCAGUAAGCCACAACAGGAUUUGUAGCAUGGUUAUACAUAGUACAUCAUGAGGCAACAGCAGUGCAAUAUAGAAAAUACAUCACUAUAAUCUAAGUUGGAUGAAAAUCACGUGUCUUCAAAUUUUGUGUGCAUGUCUUUUCAUUACAAGGAAAAAAAUAGUUUUUUAAUAAUAAUAAAACAAAAACAUUUGGAAACAUUUUUUCUAACUUUUUUACAUGUAUUUUGUCUAUCAUUUUAAAGUUUUUGAAAAAAAGAAAACCAUAUAUCGCCAAAUUUACUAAUUGGUAUUUAUUUAUUUUUCGGCCCACAUUUCUGUGUUUUUCAAACAUUUUAUUAUUUAAAAAAACAGCAUUUGGUAGAGCAAGUUGCGCUUGUGUUGAGUGAGUUCUUUGUGUUAGUCCGGAAAAAAAAAAAACAGUUUCCACCAAAUUUUGCUGUAUUACUUUUUUUUCUUCUUUCUUUGUCUUUAAAACAUUUUUUAAUUAAAAAGAGAAUAAUACAUUUGGAAAUACUCAGGUUUCAGUAGACCAAAUGGGUGUUACGUUGCUGCAUGGUAGGUAGUUGUCAACCCAAGAUGCAGAGACAUAUGAUCUGACGUGCAGGUAUAACUAUAUUUAAUAUUUAAUAUACAAGAAUACUAGGAAGUGCACAGGAGGCAGGGAAAGCUAAGCAUGAAAAAGCAUUCGCAGACAAACAGUAAAACAAUGUUCCAGCCCCAACAGAAUGGCGAGGCUGGCAUAUAAGGCCCUUUGAUUAGUGAUCAGUGACAAGUGACUGUCCUGAUUACCAAUCAGAGGCAGGUGUGCUUAAAAUGCGCUCCUUGCAACGAGUGAAACCAAAAGAGGAAAUAAACACUGUACAGGAAUAAAAAAACAUAAACAAGUACAAUCCUAAAUUGGGGUGGUUUUGGGUGAGUGUUUCUUUGUAUUAGUCCAAACAUUAUAACAUAAAAAAAAGAAAUCAAAUUGAAUAAAUAAAAAAACAUCUACAAUAUCUCCAAAUUCAAAAAAUCGCAACAACAAAAUGAUGUAUGAUAUCUCCAAACAUCUUACAAAUUAAAACAUCAGAGUCUAAUGAAAACCACAUAUCUCCAAAAAAAUAUUAUUUUGAUUAUAUGCAUAUAUCCUACAUUUGUGAGGGCAGGGUUCAUCCUUAA